AUGACUGUGACUCAUAGCACCAAGAACUCCUUCCGGUUCGGCGUGGAGAUUGAACUACUCCUCGAAAGCCCCAGCAGGAAGUACAAAACAUGGCACUCACUCGCCAUGGACCUAAGCAAGCGUCUGGCAAAGGCCGGUAUCCCUAACCGCGUCGACGGCAGCGGCGACUACAGCGAAUGGAGCAUCGUCCGGGAAGUGACAGUUCAGGAUCCCAACGGCAAAAGCCUUUACCAAUACGGCAUCGAACUGAUCUCCCCCAUCCACACCCCGGCCACCCUCCCCACGCUCACCAAAACGCUCACCCAACUCUUCACCACCCUCACCCUCACCACCACCGCCAUCAUCCCCACCCCCCGCUGCUCCUCCCACAUCCACAUCUCCCGCAGCAGCACCACCAGCCCCCCCGGCCUCACCCCCACGGACCUCGCCGCCCUCCCCCAUCAACUCUCUAGUAGAGCAGGCGCUCGACACCCUCAUCCGGCCCGGGGCGGCGUACGAACAGCCCCCCAUAUUUGUGGACGCAGUCCAACCGGCACGCGUACAAUCCCAUCCCUGGCGGCGUUGUCGCUCCACAGUUCUUUGACGAGGGUGGAUGCCGCCGCUACUGCUGCUGGCUGUAUGCGCGCUCCGGGUGUGGGUGGGGGGGAUCCGGCGCGGCCUGUGGUUGAGGUGAUGAAUUUGGUGGCGAAGGAGUCGCGGUAUGGGGUGGUGAGGGGGAAGAGGGCAGAUUUUGUGCGGGGGAAGACGUGUAAGUGGGAUUUUUCGGGGUUUUUGAGAGCGGAAACAACGACGGGGGGUGGGGAGGUGGUGGAUCGCGGGAUUGCGGGCACGGUGGAGUUUCGGCAGCCGCCGGGGAGUGUGAGGGCGGAGGAGGUGGUGGUGUGGGUUACGCUGGCGGUGGCGUUUGUUGCGGGGGCGGUGGAGGUUGGGAUGGGAUUGGGGGUUGGGGGGGAUGUGAGGGAGGAGGGAGGGUCGUUGGAGGAGUUGUGGGGGUUGUUGAUGAAGGGAAGGGAGGUGGUGGGUUGGGCGGAUCUGGAUGUGUUGGAGGGUUUGUUUUUGGGAGUGGGAAGAUGA